AGAAAAAAAGAGAGAGAUGGAGGAGGAGUGGGAGAAAAGAGAGAUGAUUGAUCAUUGGUGCCACGAGCAUCCACUUACUCUGGUGGAUACUCGGGGAGGAGAUUACUGUUAUGGUUGUCAACUGCGCUUUAGCAGCGGAGAACAAGCUUAUGGAUGCAGCAUCGAUGGAUGUGAGUAUUCAAAAUUAUUACACGGAGAAUGUGCAGCCAUGGCAAGAGAGAUACGGGAUCCAUCGCACCACCCUCAGCACGUACUCACUCAACGACAUGAACCGGAUUUAUGGAGCUGUGGUAUCUGUGAAAGGAUAAUUUGGAGCAUUGGUUACAAAUGCACAAGCGUGGAAUGCAGUUUCGAGAUGCACCUGAGAUGCGCGCAAGCCAAGGGCGUGAUCGGUGCAGCAACCCGUGAUGUUGAUGAUGAGGAAAGGCGCACCAUCAUACGUCAUCCAAGUCAUCCCAACCAUGACUUGAAGCCAUUGAGAAGAAGAUGCUCCUUCAAGUGUGAUGCUUGCGGCACCACACGCAAAGAUAGUUCAUACACAUGCACCAAUGAUGCUUGUGAAUAUUGGAUCCAUGAGAAAUGUGCUUCCUUGCCUCAAAGCUUCAAAAGGGAAGACCAUCAUCACCCUUUUUCUCUCUCUUUUCAUGUCCCAUCAGAAUAUAUCAGAUUUGACUACAGAUGUUAUGUUUGCAGCAUACCUUUUCUACCCAACUACUGGAUAUAUCAUUGUAAACUCUGCAGAUAUAUCGUCCACGUCAAGUGUGCCUUCAUGAAGCUGCCUCACAUCACUGAGAAUAAUGAAAAUGGGAAAGACCAGGUCCAUCUUCCCACAGAUGAGGUGGCUGAGAAACUAAUUACACCUUUUGUGAUGGGAGAAACAAGAGGAGGAACAACAUUGAUACCACCCAUCAUCAUCUCUAAUAAUGAUGAUGAGUUGGUGAAUGUGAAAUAUAAGUUCCUUCAUCACCAACAUGAGCUCACUUUAAUCUCAUCUGGCGAGCGAAGCCAAGAAGAAGAAGAAGAACAAGACGAGGAGAACUAUGGAGUGAGAUCGGAAUUGAUAUGUGAUGGGUGCAUCUCUCCUAUAUCAUCAAGUAGCUAUAUGAGUUGCAGUGAAUGCAAAUACAAUCUUCACGUGGCGUGCUUUCACUUGCCACCUCAACUCUCCUCACUUCCGAUCCACCAACAUGAUGAUCACCAGCUUGUCCUCCGAUCUUGUGACAAACAUCAACCUUGGAAGUACCAAUAUUGCCGUGUGUGUGAGUAUGGUAUGAAUGGGCUGUUUUAUGAUUGUGGGGAGUGCAACUUCAAGGUAGAUAUCAAGUGCGCUUCUACGCCAGAUAUCAUACAUCACGCAGCUCACCCGCAACAUCUCCUCAAGCGUGUGACUCAGUCGGAUCUACGCAGAGAUCCUAUCAACUCACGACGCUUGUUGUGCGCUGGUUGCGAUGGUUAUGCAUAUUAUUGUGAUUGUUACAGGUGUUGCAGCAGCAGCCCAUGUGAUUUCAUCGUGCACCUUAAAUGCGCUAUGCUGCCGGCAUCAGUCAGCAGCCGUAGAUGGGACGAGCACCACCCGCUGCUGCUGACGUACGACGCCACUCUCAACCGUCCUGGUGAUUUCUACUGCGAUCAAUGCGAGACACAGAUGAAUCCCAGGAGUUGGAUGUAUCACUGCCGCCCCUGCGAUAUAUCCUUCCAUCCAGGAUGCUUUGAAACUACAUCCGGAAGGUAUAGAAACAUGAAGUUGGGGCAGGAAUAUGAUGUGAAUGCAGAAACCCAUCCACACCUUCUCACCUUUCAACUUCUCACCACAAAACGCCGCUGCGACAUUUGUCAUAGGGAUAAAUAUGAAUGUGAAGGAUUCUACUGUGCAUUAUGCAACUUCUUCAUUUGUCUCUACAGCUGCGGUAAAAGAGUGAUCCAGAAUGGGGAGAUGAAGGCCAUCGGAUGAAUGAGAGAAAUUAUAUGUAUCAGAUUAUUCGUUUAGUACCUCUUUCCUCUUGUAUUCUUAUACUAUCUAUUCUAUUUCUCUGUGCAAUUAUUUCAUUUGUUUGAAAUGGCUAAA